AAAAGAAACAAGUAGAAAACUAUGUAACUGUCAUGCGAAAACCUGAAUCAAUACCAGGACAUUUUUAAAGUAUUAAAAAAAACCUGCAUACACAUAUGAAAUCUGUCUUUUCAGCUGUUUUUUCAACCCAGCAUAAAUCUUAAAUAACUGCCAUUAACUUUCGGUGUCAGCGUCAAUUUUUAAUGUAGAAGCACUCCCUUAAUGAGAAUGAUACAUACGAGUGACAACAAACUAAUGCCUUACACCUUAUGAUUUUGUAUAAAAGCAAGUGGGAGAAGACUAUUUUACAUGGUUGUCGAUCAUUGCAACAUUUUGUAUUCAAAAAUAUCAAAAUGACAUGAUACUACAAUUCAUGAACACUAUUAAAAUGUCUCAGUAUAUGACAUUUGAGUACACGAUAAUUUGCUGAUUUUUUGUACAUUUUCAUCCCAUUUUCAUCCCAUAACUAAAUAACUUCAUUCAUAUAAAGUAUAACAUAACAAAACAAAGGAUUGCUGUGUCGAAAUUAAAAACAGCUUGAUAAGCAGAAAGCCGCCUUGUCAAAUCAGUGCAAUAUGCCAACAAAAUCAGGCUAUACAACAUAUAUGUGUCACACUUUGAACAAUGUCAUGUGUAAAAGUUCUUUCAAAACACAGCAACCCGGUUGUAAUAAUAAUAGCAUUGUAACGAUACAAGAUGGUACUUUAAGAAGGCUUAUAUUGAAAUAACUUAAAGGCUCAGUUAAAGGUCUUCUUAUUUUAAUUGAUAUGUAGGCCAAAAGACCUGCUAUUUAAUUUAUACCUAUCUUUAAAUUUGAUAAUCGAUCACUGGCUUUAGGUCUUGUACUGGCAAUACCACUCCUUGCACAGGUCAUGGCAGCUGGAGAUGUUGCAAUGCAGCAAAAUAUCGACUGACUACUGAGACUGCUAUGCCUCGUGACUUCAAAUGCAUAAAUCUUUCAAAUAAUUUUCGCAACUGCAACCGUGUGGUACAAUUUUUAGAUAAUCAGUUAGUUAUUAAGGCGGUAAAUCCCCGUUUUGAUAUUACACUUCUGAGUGUACUGUUACCAAGUAGGUACUUAUACUAGUACUUAUGUUACGAAAAUGAUGAUACAGUUAACAUUCAUAUGUGUACAUUUUCGCAUUGCUCGUUCAUGCCGAUGCAGAAAACUUCGAUGCAUAAUGUAUUCAUGAAUAAUUAAAUCAAAGCCAUGUUUUAAAUAUUUUAUGUAAACAUGUUCUAAAGCUAAAACUUAUAGGAAGUUUGAUAGUCGCUAUAAGCAGAUUUGGUUAAUAAUAAAAUAUACUGCAAUUGGUUACAAUCGGUUGGUCUCUAUUUACCCCUAAUGAGUGACAUGUCGAAAAGAAAAGUAAGCAACUGAAUACCUUCCUGUUUCGAUUUGGAAAAAGUGUUUUAACAUUUUAAAGGUUAAAUUAUAAGUUUAUGAUGGGCUCAUACCGUCCAAUAUCUACUGAUGAACAUAAUACGGUCGAAAUUGGCGACGAUCUCAUAAGGACAGAAACACUUUGGACAAAACUGAAAAGAAUGACACUUUGCAUAUGUAUUUCUUGUCGAGUGUGGUGGGUCGAAGGGUUAGAGGAAGAAAUUUCUGAUUUGCGGAAACAUAAUGAUGAUCUUGAAAGGGAAAUGCUAGAUAAGAACGAAACAAUUGAGGACUUGACGAGGCGUUUGGAAAUUGAAAUUCAAGCAAGGAAAGAUGAUGCCUGGCAAUAUACGCAAAAUACCUCCAAAUUAAUGGACGACCUAAUACGAGUUGAAACCGAAAAACAGGAUGCUCUUUCAAGAUUAAGCGCAUUGAUGUCUGUGAAACUGCGUGACAACAAUCCGAACAUCGCCGAUCUCAGUGACCAGUUCAGGCCUACAAAACUGGCGGAGAUGUUCAGUGAAUUGUAUGACAACGAGUGGACAGACGCUUUCACUGUCAUAAACACAGGUCUCUCCGAAAGGCAAACAAUAACGUUCUUGCUGGAUAUUAUAAUGGGAGCUUACGCAUUCUGUAUCAGAGAGUUGGACGGGACUUGGAGCAUUGUGUCACAGUACUACCUGGAUCCUUCUCUACCGAACGAACAAGAGAUACAGAAGCUACUAAAAGACUCGCGAAAAGUCGCUGUUGUGAAAAUGACGGAUCGAAUAUCGCAGAGAUAUCGGGCUCAUAUUCAGUCCAUCUGUGCCGUCCCAAGGCUGCUUGACAUGCUUUCCUCUGAAGCCUUCGGACAAUACGUCACGCAUUGCGUUAAUAUUUGUCUGCUUAUGUGUGCAAACGAUCCACCUGUCGUCAUUACGUAUCAAGCAGAUGCCGUUGAAAGUAUCAAUUCGACACAAAGCGUAGAAAUAUCAGUAAACAAAGAUAAAGCAAUCAACGUAGAUAUCACUAACAAAGACGCGAAACAGAUAGGACGAAAGCAAACAAUGGAAGGCAACGAAAUCGGUGAAGAUGAAAUGACAGGUAAAGAAUUUCAAAACAAUCUUGACGAAUCAUAUAACGAAGAACAAUCACACUGUGUUGAGAACAUGAACCCAGAGAACACGCUGGAUCCUCGCGGCGAGCCUUAUAGGGACGGCCUUGACACAAUUGAGGAAUUAAGAGAAAUUGGGAGAUUUUCGGUUGUGCAUGAACACUUCCAACGACGAUCAUUUGAUAGGAAUGUGUUUAAAGAGUACACGAGACGAGGUGCGUUCAUAGAUUUUGUCGUAUGGCCGGUGAUGUACCUGCACCAGGGAGGUCCCAUGCUGGGAAAGGGUGUGGCGCAGGGGACACGGAAGGCAGUGUACAGUGGGCAGAAACAAUGGACAUGGAAGGAAACGGAAUGAGACUUACGAAUGCGUAUUGCACAACAUGCAUUAACUUUCGUCCUUUCCAAUAUUCAGAAAUAAAUAUUAUCCAUUCA